CGGAGAAAGAUGCCAGAACCAGCAAAGUCCGCCCCGAAGAAGGGCUCCAAGAAAGCGGUGACCAAGAGCGCCGCAAAGGGAAGCAAGAAGAGGAGAACAAAGAGAAAGGAGAGCUACGCCAUCUACGUGUACAAGGUGCUGAAGCAGGUCCAUCCCGACACCGGCAUCUCGUCCAAGGCCAUGGGCAUCAUGAACUCGUUCGUCAGCGACAUCUUCGAGCGGAUCGCCGGCGAGGCCUCCCGCCUGGCUCACUACAACAAGCGCUCCACCAUCACCUCCAGGGAGAUCCAGACCGCUGUCAGGCUGCUGCUGCCCGGUGAGCUGGCCAAGCACGCCGUGUCCGAGGGCACCAAGGCCGUCACCAAGUACACCAGCUCCAAGUAAAGCUUCACUGCUUAACAUCAACACAACGGCUCUUUUAAGAGCCACACACGUCAUCUGCAGAGCUGCUCAUCCACUGGAAGCUGUCAUCUGGAGGAUCAAACUCAAAAUUAUUUCAUAUUCCGAUAGAGAUUAAAAACCUUGCUUUACUGGCAGAUUGCUCUCAUGUUUUCAUUGAGGCAUUAACAAUAAAUUUACGGCUCAAAUUGGUAUCUGAUUAUUCUGUUCACAAACAUUUGAUUAAACAGUCAACUGUCUGUUGCUGGAGUUUUCACAAUAUUAAAGUGUGACCUGCUGACCACAAUCAAUGUUAA